CCAUCGCUUUGCCUCGCUCCACCUUGCAGGAUGUCUGCGUAAAGACGUGCGUAAAAAGAAAAGCUGCGUGCGGCACCGCGGAAAAGAGACGCUUCACAGGCAGUUUCACCUCGUUUCUGAGGAAAAUUUCCGCUCCGCUCACUGCGAACGACGCAGCGGUGUUUCCUGAUUCCCUGAGCAGACGGGCGGUGGAUAAGAUCGGAAGCGUAACUGUUGCUGUUGAGGAUAAAAUUUGGGAAGUCAUUAUUAUUAAUAUCAUCAUUGUUAUCAUUAUUACUAUAAUUAUUAUUAUUUGGGAGCCCGGACAAAGAUCGAGUUGUUUCCAUCAGGUGCAGAGCAGAGAGAGAGCAUCAGAUCCGCCCUGCAGAGAUGGCGAAGGCAGACCAGCGUUUCGGCCAGCGGGACGGCUCGGACCAGAACUUCGACUACAUGUUCAAGCUGCUGAUUAUCGGUAACAGCAGCGUCGGGAAAACGUCCUUCCUGUUCCGCUACGCCGACGACUCCUUCAGCAACUCCUUCGUCAGCACCGUGGGCAUCGACUUCAAGGUGAAGACGGUGUAUCGCAAUGACAAGAGGAUCAAGCUGCAGAUCUGGGACACGGCAGGUCAGGAGCGAUACCGCACCAUCACCACGGCCUACUACCGCGGUGCCAUGGGCUUCAUCCUCAUGUAUGACAUCACCAACGAGGAGUCCUUCAACGCCGUGCAGGACUGGGCCACUCAGAUUAAAACGUACUCGUGGGAUAACGCUCAGGUGAUCAUGGUGGGCAACAAGUGCGACAUGGACGAGGAGAGAGUCGUACCUCCAGAGAAAGGAAAACACCUCGCCGACCAGUUAGGCUUUGAGUACUACGAGGCAAGUGCUAAGGAGAACAUCAACGUGCGGCAGGUCUUCGAGCGCCUGGUGGACAUCAUCUGUGUGAAGAUGUCAGAGCGCGUGGACGUGGAGGUGCCGGCGGCUCCUGCCACCAAGACCACCAGACUGACCGACAAGCCCGCCCAGCUACCUCAGAAGUGCUGCUGAUCAUCUGUGACCCCUUCGCUGUCGCCUCGUCCGCUAACCCCCCCAGAAAAAGAAAAAAACAGAUUAACUAUCGUAACAUUCCUCUACACACUCUCUGCUUCAGUCCAUGUUUGUGAGCCGUCAAUAAUCACUAUGCCUACUGCAGUUUCUGCUAACUAACAUUUAUAUAGCCAGUUUCAUUCCUUCCCUAUCCCCAAGUACCUGAGGAGGCCCUUACAUAGACGGAGGAGUAAGGGCAGCAGUGUGCUCCAAACUAAAUCAUGUUUGGAUUGUUUCAAAAGUUUCUGCAACCACUGUUGAUUGUAGGUCUGCGUUGAAAAGCUAGCAUGCUAACUGUGACUAGAGUUAGGUAAUGAUGUUCAAGCUAGAUACAUUAGGGUUAGCAUGAUGAGGAGAAUAAAGGCCCGAUCACCCCAGAAAGUGACAUAGCACACAUUGCUAUCUCGCAAACCACUGCAACUGCUAACUUGCUAACCAGUAAAAAACCAUCAGUCACAGUGUUUCUCAGAGCUGGCAGUUUGGUAACUGCCAGUUGGCAAGCUACAGAGCUUUGUUGCUAAUUGGACAAUAUGAAGCACAUUUUAUUUGAGAUAUUCGUGCCAUUGGCACAUGUCAUAACUGCUAACCGUUUCUCUGGAGCGGCAGAGGAGGGUAAUACAGUAUAAUGCAGCAGACAUGUGAUAAUUGAGUUACAUAACUAACAGUUUCCCACUUGUAAACAGCGUUCAUGUCAACAUCAAAGGUUCUGAUAAAUCCUUCUCAGAAAGAAAAGCAGUAGCACAAGAAGAAUGACAGCUGCCAUCUUGAGUUGUGCGAUGACUCACAAGUAGUACACAUAGGAGUCUUUCCCAUCAUUACUUUCCUUCUUGCAAUGACGUGAACACAGCAUAAAAGCGGACAAAUCUGAGUCACCUGGUUCACUCUAAAGUUCAGUACUGUCAUGAUGGUUUGCUAUUGGUCAACAGUGCAAAGUUGUGGUUGAUUACAGCAGAUCUAAUUUAUAUAACUUUAAAUUUUAAAUUCUGGUGUAACCGAGCCUUAAAUCUGGAAUCAUGCACCUGUAAGGAUACAUGCUAACGUCUCUAAGUAGGUGAGGGUGCUAUAAGUCACAAAGAAGCUGUACACAAGCUUAUUGGCCAAUCCAGCUUCCUGUUUGGAUGCAGGUUCAAGCAUCACAGCCAAAAUUAGAACCAGUAUAAAAGAAAGCAGACCGCAGGAUCGUUUCCAAAUGCUUAAGGGCAACACACACCAGACAUGCCAUCAGUAGCCUACAUGUGCAGAGCUUUUGCACAAAUUACAUGUUUUAAAGGAGUGGUGGUGAAAUUUAAAAAAAGGGCUCAUAAAAACAUCUCUCCAAAAAA